UAAAUAAAAAAUGGUCGCUCUGGCUGGCUUUUAUAUCUACGCCAGAGUCUACGCAUGCGCACCAUGGCAUAUCAGGUGAUCACAAUCCUUCUCAACAAUGGAGCCAGUGAAUGAACCACCACUAACAAAGAAACGAAAAGUGACCUUUGACCCUCUCUCCAGUCAACAAACACCCAGUGCUGGCAAUGAACAACCAGAAACAACUGAUGCUCCAAAUGGUUCCAAUCAACUCCUUUACACUUCGAAGACCUCAUCAGAAGCAAAGGCCGUCAAUGAAUCAUCAAAAUCUGAGCAAGUCCUUAAUGAAGCCAUGAAGGCUGGAUUUGUCCGUGUGAACACUACUAAUAUCUUAUUCUUUGGAAUGGCCGGUACUGGUAAAACCUCCACUAAACAUCUCCUUCUGGGACUUCCUCCUCCUCAAGAUCGAAAUAGCACUCCAUUAGCUAGCACAGCAGAGAGGAUACGUAUUAAUAGACAAAUUCGUGACACUACAAAGCUGAAAAUGGUAGCUCAAGAAGAUCCCUCAAGAACAUGGAAACCAGUGACUAGUGAUGACCUACAACGCAUUGUUGCUGAUGCUAUUAAAUAUUAUGUAUCCAGCUCAGAUCCUAACUCUGAAUUAUCUGCUAUCCCACAAGAACUCAGCAUUGCUCUAAAGCAACUUGAAGCUAUCAAUGAAUCCGAUAUGGAAGUUGACACAAUUCGUUCAGCUGGAGCUGGAGCACAAGAAAGAGAAAGGAGUAAAUCUCUCAACACUGUUUCGAAUGUAAUGGCGAAUAUUAAGCGGUUUUCUGAUUAUGAUCAUACUGCUGUUCAAGAAAAGUUUGGAUCUCAUUGGAUCUACAUGAUCGAUAGUGGUGGCCAACCACAUUUUCAUAAUCUACUGCCACUCUUCACGCCGAAGAUUUCUGUAGCUCUGUACAUUUUUCGUCUCUGUGACUACCUAGACGACCAUCCGCUGAUUGAAUACUACAAGGACAAUGAGCCAGUUGGUGAAGGUUUCAAGUCACAUCUCUCAGUUCUCGAUAACUUCAAAUAUCUCGUGCAAUCAAUUCAAUCUCACAGUGAAAACUGCAAGCUGAUAUGCAUUGGUACUCACAAAGACCAUCAAUCUGAAUGCAAGGAAACAUUAUCUGACAAGAAUAAAACUUUGUUAAAUUUUGCUGACAAGGAGGAUUGUAUUAAGAAGUCGACAAUGUUCUUCAAUUUGCGGAAAACAGAUGUCAUAUUUCCUGUGGAUUGCAAGCACUGCGAUUCUGACAGUAAGGAUGUGGCACAAACAAUCCGUGCAUAUAUUCAUAAACUCUCUCAAAAUCUGAAUAUAAAUAAUGAAGUCCUGGUCCCUUUGUGGUGGUUUGUUUUGGAAAUUAUAGUCGAGAAAGUUUCUAACGAUGAAAACAGACAAGUUUUAAGCAAGACCGAAUGUGUAGAAAUUGCAAAAGCGUUACAUAAUUUUCACGAAGAUGCACUUUGUGAAGCUUUAAAAUUCUUCCAUGAGCAUCACAUCUUUCACUACUAUCCUGCUAUUCUUCCAAAUGUGGUAUUCUGUGAUACUCAAGUGCUACUUGAUAAGGCAACGGAACUUGUCGAGUUUGCUGCAUACUCGCGAGGAGGUAACACUUCAAUACAUGGGCUACGAAACUUUACUGAUAAAGGAAUUAUUACCAUUGAACUUUUAUCUCAUAAGAAUUUUGAAAAACAUUAUGUCGAUGGACUUUUUGCACCCACUCAUCUCAUUGAAAUAUUCAAGCACUUACUGAUAGCCACCCCAUUUGGUAUAUUCUCGCGAAGGCAAGAUAAGCGUUUCUAUAUGCCAUCACUUCUAUCCUUGCUCCCACCAACUCAAGUCAAUGACAAACGAGCUGAAUUGCUUAAGACUGGUUUGAUCCCACUCGUUUUACACUUCAAAACUAACUGGCAGUGCUGUGGAGUGUUUUGUUGUCUCCAAGUGUACCUGAUUAAAGAAUGUGAAUGGGAAAUUGAAAUGGAGGAUCAUCAGCCGAGUAGAAACUUUGUACAAUUGAUUCAUCAAAAGCGAAACUGUACUAUCACGCUAAUUGACGGGUUUUCAAUCCUUGAACUUUAUUCCAGCAAUAAUCAAAAAAAAAUACUGUUGUUGAUAUAUGAAAAUAUUCACUCUGGUCUUCGAUCUGCUUACAAAGCCCUGAAAUACACGUAUAAGGAUCCUGAUGUCGCAUUUUUGUGUCCCUGCGUUUCGCAAUCCAUCUCUAGUCCAAGUCCCCAAGUGCCCCACCACCCAGCUCGUGUUCUGGCUGAGGAUGAUGUUAUGAGGUGUACUCUAUGCAAGAAGAUGACGUAUCAGCUAGAAGACGGUCACAAAGAUUGGCUCUCUGCUUGUAAACUGGAAGAUUAUCUAGCCUCAACCCAGCGCAAAAGGUCAUUGCCAUCAGACAAAGAAGUUGAAACUCUGUCAAAGCGUCCAAAGAAUGAUGUCACUGUACAAGGGCCCAUAUCGAUUGUGAAGCAUCCCGAUAACAAACAUAUAAAGCCCGGAUACAGAGUAGAAUUCACUGUAAAGAUGCAGCCACCUCCCGAAAAAUAUCAGUGGUAUUUUCAAGAAAAGGUGAUAGGCACUGAAGGUGAUGAUUACAGUGGGGCUACUACAUACUGCCUUCAAAUCAAGAGAUGCUUCUCACAGCACACGGGGUCCUAUAGAUGUGGCGGAAUCGAUGCAUUUGGUCACGAGACGAAGUCUAACACUGCCGACCUGACUAUAGAUGGCGAGAUAAUUGGUCCUAAGGAGGUCAAUCUUCUUAACAAAAUGUUAAAAAGUAGUGGGAUCCAGUCGCUAAAUGGAAGAGAAUAUCUCACAUAUGAAGAAGUACAAGUAGUGCUCUAUGAUGAACUCACACUCCACAUCAACAUAAAGGAGAAUCUUAAAUCCAGGGUGGAGGAAGAGCACCUUUAUCAAGAAGCCAUCAUGAACGGUCGAACGGUGUGUCUUCGCUACCUCAAGCUCCUUCUUCUUGGUCCUGGCCUAGUUGGAAAGUCAACCUUUCUCGAUAGACUUCUUGGUGAAAUGAAAUGGGACAUUGACUCAGAUCCAAAACCUCAUUGUAGCACAAAAAUGGCUCGCUUACAGCAAGUAUGUAUUAAAUAUACUCCUAUUGCUGCCGCUGUUACUACGGAUGGUAAUUGGCACACUAUUGAAGAAUUACACAGUCAAGUUGCCGUAUUAACCUCAAUGUUAGUGAACGAAGAAGUGCAUGUUAAAGAAGUUGGUAAUACCAAGUUAACAGAAUCCCAGAGGAUAAACAAACCUGAAGCAGAGUCUCACCAACCCCAAGUACAAUGCAAUAGUCAUUCAAGUACUUUGCCAACCAGUACUCAGGAACGUCUGGGAGCUACAACCUCAACUGCCAAUCUAAAACUGGAUUAUAAAUAUCAGCAGGAUACAUUGUCUCCAAACAUAGCAAAUGUUCUCAAUAAAUAUAAUAAGCUAAGAUACAAUUUGAGGGUAAAACCACAAAUUUUGACUGAUACCCUACUUAAUAUAGUGGAUGUAGGUGGGCAACCAGCAUUUUUGGAUAUGCUUCCAUCAUUAACAAUUGGUCCUGCUAUGUACUUGGUGUUCAUGAAGCUCCUAGACGGAUUAGGAACUGAACACCCUGUAACGUUCAAGCCCGAUGUUGAUACAGAUCCAAUUGUGUGCGAAGAGUACACUUACACAUCAGAAGAUAUCAUUUUCACUACUCUUUCAAGCAUUGCAUGUUUUGGAAAUUCGGAUGCUGAGAUAGAAGAGUACAUAGCGAGUGACAACAAAUCAAACAAACUUUCAAGUUCAAUAACAUUAUUGUUAGGAACAUUUAAAGAUGAAUACUUGAAAGCAACGAAAGAAGUCCAGUUAGUGGUUGAUCAAAACGAAACAGAACUCAAAACCCGAUUAAAGGACACUGGUCUUCAUAAUAUAGAAUACUAUGACCGAGAAAAAGGUCAAAUCUUUUUCAGAGUAAAUAACAAAAAUGGAGGUGAAAAAGAGAUUGUUAUUUAUCGAAAACGCCUUGAAGAAUUGAUAGCAAAUCGAUUCAGAAAAUACAAAAUCCCUGUACGAUGGCUUAUGCUUAGCAUUUGCUUGAAACUUCUUGCUAUAGAAGAAGGUGGACAUUUCGUUUCACUCAAAUAUUGCAAUGAAAUCGGUGAACUAUUCGAAAUGACUUCGAAACAAGUAACCACAGCAUUGAAAUUUCUACACAGGUACAUUGGCUUAGUAAUGUACUUCCCUGAUAAUGAAAAGUUGCGAGAUAUUGUCAUAUGCGACCCUCAGGUCAUUUUUUUAAGUAUAAGUGAAAUCAUCUUUGAUGUGUAUGCUUCAACGAACUCUAAAUUGCACGUGGAUAAAUACCAUCACUUUAUACACCGUGGAUGCUUCUCACUCAAAGACAUCGAAACUAAAAGGAAAGACCUUCUCCCCGUUGAAAGUCUAGUUGAGCUUCUAGUGCAUUUAAACAUCGCAGCUCCAAUACCAUCAUCUACAGAGUACUUCCUUCCCGCUGUUUUAAGAAGCAUGCCUAGCACCGUUUUCGUUCCAAAUCUAGAACCAAAUCUAGAACCAAUGUUUAUUCGAUUUCAAACAGGUUUUGUACCACUUGGCUUUGUGUGUGCUUUCAUGGCUAAUUUAAUAGCAAGAAUUGAGUUUAAUCUUCUUGGCGAGGAUGUUUACAAGAAUCACAUCGAGGUUUCUUUUAAAGGAAUGCUUAAAAUAAUUCUUAUCUCUUGUCCCAGAUACUGCAAGUUCUAUGUGUCCCAAUUGCCAAAUGCGUACGAUAAAACUGUUGACUUUGUAACAGUACGAAAAGAGCUAUGCAAGGUAGCAGAUGAUGUCAUUAAUGCCUUACAACAUGGUUCUGUGUACAAGCUGACUAUUAAGACAUAUGAGUUGGCUUUCAGAUGUCCUAAUCGUCACAAGAAAAUUCCUAACGAAAUGGAGUUUGGAAAUGAGCAACUUGCAUCUGUUAUUUUCGAUGACCAUAAGCGAUUUCUAAAAUGCUCGAAUUUGAGUUGCCAGGUAAAAAUGAAACUAUCCAAAGAAAUGAAACGAUGGUACUACAAGGCUCUUCAAAUAAUCAAGCAACCAAAUCUAAACACUCGUAACGAAAUAACUACGAUCAGUAUGUCUGCUGAAGGAGCUGAACCACUAAGCUAUCAAUGGUUCCAUAGCAAGACAAUGAUUUCAGAUGAUCAAGGUUAUCAAGGGUCUAACUCGUCUAUCCUCACAAUUUCUAAGAUUGCGUCACGUUAUGGAGGGGAUUAUACUUGUCAAAUUAAGGACUGUGAUGGCCAAUUUCUUUUUUCUGAUAAAAUAAAUUAUGAUGUUCACAUUGUUGUACACAACAAGCUGAAACGAGAAGGAUUGCCAGACAAGGAUAUUGCUACAUUAAAAGGCCAAGGGUUUACAACACCAGAAGGAUUUAGAGAAUUGAACCAAAGGAUCGUUACAGAUUUGAAUUUGACAAAAGGUGGAAAGCUUUUGCUUACAAAACUCAUUUCGAAACAUGUAGAAAACUCUGGAUAUACAACGGUACAAGCAAGUGUAUAUGCUGAACAACCCAGCUCAAACUUAUCAGGCUCCAUCUUGACUCUCAAUGACUUGUCAUCUGUUUACGAGAAACUGAUAAAAGCUGCUAGAAACUGGUUUGACCUGGGACUUGUUCUGAAAAUGAGCCCUGACACCCUCUGUGAUAUCCGUGAUAGAUAUCGAGACAAUCAAACUAGUCUACGGGAAAUGCUAACUGCUCGCUUGGAAACUGCCACUCUCACCUAUUCUGAAUUAUGUCAGAGUCUCAGAGCACCAACAGUUAGACGAGAUGCCAUUGCUGAGGCUAUAGAGAAGGAAUGUACAGUUGACAAUAUUUUGAGGCAAAAGUUGUCGACAACGAAUCCUGGAUCAACCAAUGAGUGACUUAUAUAUAUAGCUAUAAUCGGUAGUUAGUGUGGAUGGUGGUGAUAGAGUAAAAGACACAGCUCAUAAUUAUUACAAUUAUUAUUACUGUGCAUGCAUGCUUAUUGUAAAAGGUUUAGAGGAUUCUAUCCUCUAAACAGCCCUAUAUAUAUAAUUUGGAUA